AUGCUGAUUCAAAUCAUUGCCUGCCAUUCACAGUUUGUGAGUGUGUUGAUCUUCUUUCGGGCUCGAGCCAUGCUGAUCGAAGUCGUUGACCACCGUUUGCAGAGAGACUUGAUUAAUGAUUGGCUACUACUAGUACAUGCGCACUUAUUCUAUGAGCGCACUGCGCCUUAUGAACUCCUCGCGAGAAUUAGUGAAUGGAGCGACGGAGCUAACAGACUUUAUACUGAUACUUUGUCCUCCUGUUCCUCAGCUUUGGUUCCCUCGGUCUUCUUCGGCUCGGACGUAUCGGACGACAACAAGAGUGGCGGGCUUAUAGAUGCGGAUGAAGAGGAGGAGGAGGAUGUGGAGGCUUGUAGCGAGAGUGGCAGGUUUAUAGGUGCAGAUGAAGAGGAGGAUUGA